AUGCCGGUGGCGGGCUUCCCUGUGGUGCCACCGAGUGCCGAGGGCUUGGCCGAAGAGCCCCUCGCAAAGCUCAAGGAUGCACUGGGAGCAGAGGUGGGUGCUGGGGCGCUUGCAGGCGCGGCUCAUCUGGUGCUGCGAAGAGGCAGGUGCGUGCUGGCACACUCUGACGGCUUUGCGAACGUGCGCGCGAAGCAGCCCUUUGGACUCCGCACGCUCUGCCGCCUGCAUGGCUGCACAAAGCCGCUGGUGGCUGCAGCCUUCCUUACUCUCGUUGACAAGGGCAAGGUAAAGCUGGCAGAUCCGAUCGGCAAGUACAUCAGCUUCUCGGGGGAGGUAAGCGGGAAGGGGCGUGGAAAGAGACAGAGAUUGAAGGCUCGCAAGGUUAAAGUUCAACCAACUCUCCGGCAUCUUCUCACGAUGACGGCUGGACUCCAGUAUCAG